AGAGGGAAGAGGAGGAUGAGGAUGAGGACGAGAAGGCGAAGCAGCACGCCGUGUCGCGUGUCUCCAUGUGGAUGCAGCGCGGCGGAUGCCCGCACCUGGUCGAGUCCACGGCGCUGCUCGUCGCCGCCGUCCUGGGCGACGCCCGCGAGGCCAGGGCCAGGGCCGCGGCGUCGUCGUACGCUGUGCGCGCCGCGUAUGCGGCCGCUUUUAGUCGCUUCGUGACGGGCCUCCUGGACAGCCAGCAGGACAAGCAGCGCAAGAUGAGCAUGUACUCGAUCGCCAAGACGAUCGGGCUGCCGGCGACCUUCGUCGAGCUGCGCCACCAGGCUACCCACGAGCAACUGCCUUCUCUGUCGAAGCUCCGGACCGCGGCCAAGAAGGCGCUGGCUUGGAUCUGGGACUACUACUGGAAGAACCUGCCGGACGAGGAUGGCGGUAGUGGUGGUGGUGGUAGCCGUGGUAGUAGUAGCGCUAACCAAGAUAAGUCGAACGCUUGCCGGAGUCUGUUGCUGAAGUACUUGGGGGAAGGGGAGGACGGUGACUCGGCGGCGCAGACUAAGAAGCAGUUGAGGCGGUGGGACGACACGGUCUUACUGCGGAACCUAGCGGAGAUCGGGGAUGCUUCCGAGGACCCGAAGAUCAUCGCCCGGUGCCUGCGGCUAUCGCAAGACAUUCUCGACGGGGACUUUUCGUCUUCGCCGUCGGUUCCAAAGAGAGCCGCCGCGGGAAACAUGUCUGCGACGACGACGGCGGCGGCGAAGAGGAAGUUGGAUGAUGUCAAGGCUGACAUGCGGGCUUUGGAUGAGGAGCUCGAGGCUGCGGGGAGUGUAGAAGGCACGUCCCAUAAGGACGUCGAAAUACCGACGCAGAAGAAACAGUCGAGUCAGGUAAGGGAGUGGUGGAGGUACGAAGGGCCGUGGAAACCGAAGCCGAUUGGGGUUGUGUAGAUAAAAUAUCUCAAUCUAAGCUACUUGAUGAUUAUCUACCUAGGUAU